UCUCUCUCUCUCUCUCUCGUUAAUGUUUUAGACCUUUUGCUUCAAUUGAAAUAAAUCAAAAUUUCUGUUUCGAAUUUUGCUACGAAAACACUUGAGAUUUGUAGCACCAAAAAGGAAAUAAAAAAACGCUUGGGAUUUUGUUUUUGAGAAAAAGAAAGGGAGGAAAUGGGCGAUAGAGACCGCGAUUGGGAUUGGCAUCUGAGAACCUUAUCGAGCAGUGCCAGAGACUCCAACGUCGCCAAUGAUCCUGCUUACGAUUCUUCUCUUCUCCAAUCCGUGAAGAAGCUAUAUGAAUUGUGUAAAGCUGAGAAUUCAGAGGAUUUGGUGGCUAGAGUUUAUCCGCAGAUUAACAAGCUCUUUCAACGCUCAGUGGCUUCGCUGUCUCAAUCUCGAACCUCUAUUGGCCUUCUAUUGCUGGCCAUUCUUCAAUUUUACCUUGAUUUUGGAGAGAGAGUUCUACAUGAUGCUGAUCCCAGUCUCAGGACAUUCUUCCGUUCAUGCUUGAGCCGUGAGUUUGCAGAUCCUGUUGUUGCAGAAGCAACCGUUGACUUUCUGAAUGCCAACAAGAAAAAACUUUUAACUUCUUUCCCUACCUUACUUCCUCAGUUCUUUCCGUUGAUGUUAAAGUUGAUUGCAUGGAAUGGGGAAAAAUUAGAAAAAUCAUUUAUGAAGGUUUUUCCAGGAUUGAUGUCUCCUGGGUCAUUUCUUCCAUUAUUUCCAUCUUUAGUGGACUUGCCAAUUUUGGUGGUGGCAUUGGAGAAGGUAGAAAAGAGCUCAGGGUCGCUGGUUGGAAACAGCAUAGCCUCAAUGCAGAAGAGUACAGCUCCUGAGAUGCUGCUCGCACUUAUGGAUGAGGCAUAUACUGGUUCAACAAUAGGAGAUGGAGGGGGAGAUUCUGAAUCAGAGGACAGCAGUACAAUUGAUGUUGCUGACCCUCUGUUUUUCGAUCUUCUAAAGGAUGAAAAUGAUGGCAUCGCUGAACGCCAUUGGACGUCUCCUGGGAUGGCUGCGGCUUUACAGGCUGCAAUUAAUACCCCUCAAUCUGAUAGGCUGAAACACAUACUACGCAUGGCACCACGGUUUCUUGAUGUGUAUUUUUCUAUAGCAUUGCGUGAUGUCAAUAAUUCUUUGGUCUGUGCAUUGAUUCCCCUACUCAUGUCCCGAAAUGCCACAAUAUUUCCUGACAAAAUUUAUUCAUAUGAGGUUCGUAAGAGGCUUUUAGAAUUCAUGCUUGCUGCAUUUCAGCGCUCUCCAGAUUUUAUUGCACUUUUGAAGAAGCCUAUAAUGGACAGGCUUGGGGAAGCAUAUGACAGCCCUGAAAAGACAGAGUUGGCAUUACAAUUGUGUUGGGCCAUCGGAGAGCAUGGUGGGGGUGGAGGAUCACACAAAGAUGAAGCUCGUGAGCUUUUUGAGGGUUUAGAGCUACUCCUGUAUGAAAACCUUGCAUCUAGCCGUCUAGGCCUCGGACAGGAGUCAGUCUUUAGCUCAGAUAGCCAAACUUCCAGAAAGUCAUCCCAAUCAAGGCUUCUAUGUUUUGUUGUUACGGCCAUUGCAAAGCUGGCUACCAACCAUCGUGAAUUGCUGCCUAGGGCACGGGUUUCCUUGGGCAAGGUGGCUCGGUCUCGAAUAUCAGAUGUGAGGGUCUGGCGGCGGGCUCGUGAUUAUUUGGGUUUAAUGACCGAACCUGCAAUUUCCUUGUCUGUAAUGGGUCCUUCACGACCUUCACAUGGACAAAUGCAGAACCCAGGCACUGUCAAGUGGAGUGAUGGUGCAACGAAGAUGAUUGCACAUGUUCCGUUUUAUAUUCUUGGUGGACAAGAAGGUCCACCCUUCCAUGAUUUUUUGUUUUCAGAUACUCUUCCAAGAAGAUGAAUGGCGGCUGAUUUUAACACAAAGUGAGAGUAUUAAUUGUUUUGUGGUCGUGGUGGAUAGGUUGAAGUACUAAAAUCCCCUCAUGAAUCUUUAGAUUAAAAUGGGGUUUUGUAUAUGACAUUGGCACAAUUUGUUGAGAUUGUAAGAUAUUAACAUGGACGUAAUCCAUCGUAAUCCAGGUUAUCGAUUUAAUUAA